UUCAAACUUAGACGGCGGCUGUGUUGUUGUGUUUAGCUAGCAGCUGAUUAUCUGAUACUGCGCCUAAUGUCACAAAUAUAACAGGAUGAUGGAAACAUGCCCGAACAGCACGGCUGACAGACAGGAACAGGUCGAGGCCGAGGCCGACGAUUUGAAGAGAGAUCUCUCAUCCGACUGCAGCGUCCUACCAGACCCACAGCAGUCCAGCAUCGAGGAGAGAGAACACCUGCAGGUCUUCCUCCGCAUCCGACCUUUCACCUCAGCAGAGAGCGACAACGGAGAGUCACAGGACUGCGUCACCAUCGAGUCCCCUGACACGGUUCUGCUGAAGCCGCCCGGUUCGUCCCUCUCCGCUCGGCUCAGCACCGAUAAACCGCUUCCUCAGACGGGACAGCGCUUCCAGUUCUCUCAGGUGUUCGGUGCCGAUACUUCCCAGAAACAGCUGUUUGAAGGCACCGUGAAGGAUUUGGUGAAAGAUGUUUUGGAAGGAGGAAACUCUCUGGUGUUCACUUACGGGAUCACCAACGCCGGGAAGACCUUCACGUUCCUGGGUCCAGACUCUGACGCCGGCAUCGUGCCUCGGUCCCUCGACGUGAUCUUCAGCAGCAUCGAUGGAAACGUUUUCACCGAGACGAACGUCAAACCUCACCGCUGCCAAGAAGUCACGAGACUCACUGCGGAGCAGCAGGCCGAGGAGGCGGCGUUCAAGAGAAACCUCUUCAGACAACUUAAAGAUUCACCGAGCGAGAGGAUCAACGCCAGCCUGUUGAACUCCACCAAUAAGACGAUUCUCGAAGGCAAGAUUUUAGAUUCAUCUGCUAUUUAUAAUUAUCUUUCAGGAGACAGAAUCAGCCUGGAGGUGGAAACAAACACUAAAUUCUCCGUCUGGGUUUCCUUCUGUGAAAUCUACAACGAGAACAUUCACGACCUGCUGGAGGCGAUGCCGAGCAAAGCCCCGAGGCGGACCGCGCUGCGCCUGUCACAGGACGUCAAAGGCAACACCUACGUCAAAGAUCUGCGCUGGGUUCAGGUGAACAGUGCAGACGAAGCGUACAAGGUGAUGAAGCUGGGAAAGAACAACCAAAGCUUCUCCUCUACGAAACUCAACCAGGUCUCCAGCAGGAGUCACAGUGUUUUCUCCGUUCGCAUCUUGAGGAUUGAAGAUGUUGGAAGUCCGAGAGUCCACACAGUCAGCGAGCUGUGUCUGUGCGACCUGGCCGGCUCGGAGCGAUGUGCCAAGACGCAGAAUAAAGGAGAGCGUCUAAAAGAAGCGGGAAACAUCAACACGUCGCUGCUCAUCCUCGGGAAAUGCAUCAACGCUCUGAGACACAACCAGCAGGCCAAGUUGCUUCAGCACGUCCCCUUCAGGGAAAGUAAGCUGACUCAUUACCUGCAAGGCUUCUUCUGCGGUCGAGGUAAAGCCGGCAUGAUCGUCAACGUCAACCAGUGCGCCUCCAUGUACGACGAGACGCUCAACGUCCUCAAGUUCUCUGCCGUGGCGCAAAAGGUUGUGGUUUUGUCCAGCAGGCUUCUUCCCAUCAUGCACCAGCGGUCCGCCAGCGAGGUCUCGUUCAUCAACAACGCCGAGAGGAAGGUUGUUGGAGGCAGCGGCAGCAGCAGGAGGAGGAGCUCUCUGAUUGGCUGGGAGAGCAGCCUGGAGGAUGUACAGGAGGAUGAUGAUGAUGAGUGUGAUGAAGGAGAGAGUCUGAUGGACGUCACCGUGGAUCAGAGCGGAGGAAGUGAGGAAGACGAUGAUAAAAUUGUCAUCAGUAAAAAGACGCACCAGAAGCAGGCGUCUCUGUUGCAGCAGCUGCAGGUUCAGCUGAAGCAGGAGCGAGCUGAGAGUCUGAUCAUGGAGGUUCGAGUCCGAGAUGAAAUCAGCAGAGAAUUCUCCGAGCUCUUCUCUGAGAUGCAGAACGACUACAACGACCGCCUGUCGAGGGAGAGAGAAAUACUGGAGGAACAGGCUGAAAGGAGGAUGGAGAUCUUUAAGAACUUGAUCGACAACAUGGUCCCAGAUAGAUCCGGUCCAGACGCACAAACCGUGGGAAACUCUCUGGACUCAUACUCUACUGAAGCGGCCGGUGUGAAGAAAGUCUCCGAGGCUGCUGGGAAACGUUUGUGUUCAGGCCGAGCAGCAGCUCAGGGAGACGCAGCGGAGGAGACGGAGGUGAAGAAGAGGAGGAGAGUUGAAGAGCAGACGGAUCGUGAAUCCAGCGGAGCGGAGGACGAGGAGAAAAGCCGUCUCCUCCUUCAGCUGCAGCAGAAAACAUCAGAGGUUUCUCAGCUGGAGAAACGAGCUGCAGACCUGCGGAGCUCACAUGAGAGAGAGCAGCUGAAGCAGUUGUCAGCCGCCCUCGAGAGGGAGAAGAAAGCCAGAGAGGACGCCCUCACUGCGCUGGAGUACCAAACAAUGGGCAAAGAGGAGGCACUGGCAUCCUUAGAGGAGGAGAGGAAAGCAAGAGAGGAAACCCUCGCUGCACUCAGAGACCUGAAGAAAGGCAAAGAGGAAGCUGUGGCGGCCCUCGGAGAAGAGAGGAGAGCCAAAGAGGAAGCUGUGGCGGCUCUGGAAGAAGAGAGGAGAGGGAAAAAGGAAGCUGUGGCGGCCCUCGAAGAAGAGAGGAGAGGGAAAGAGGAAGCUGUGGCGGCCCUCGGAGAAGAGAGGAGAGGGAAAGAGGAAGCUCGGUCCGUCCUGGAGGCAGAGAGGAAAGAGAUCUCCAAGCUGGCGGAGGAGAGAGAGAAAAGGCAGCAGGAAGGCGACGAGCUUCAGCAGGAAGUCAGAGAGAUGGCUGCCAGAGUGAAAGCAGCAGAGCAGCAGGUGACCAGCGAGACGGAGAGAGCUCAACAAGCUUUAGUCCAACUACAAGCUGCUCAGACUCAGCUGGAUGAACGCAGCCAUGAGAUCCAGGAGAAGACUUCACAGAUCCACACGCUGACUCAGGAGGUUCGAGGCCUGAAAGAGGAGCUGCAGACAACAGCAGCAGCAGCAGGUGGCGUUGACGAUCAGCUGAGAGAAGAAGUGUCUGACCUGAAGAAGAACCUGUCCGAGGAAAAGGAGAAAAGCGACAGCGAGCAGAAACAGAAGCUGGAGCUGCAGGACGAGCUGGAGCGAGUAAAAGAAGAGCUCGCUACCAAACAGCUGAUCUCAGAGCAGCAGCUGGAGCAACAGGAAGCUGCUUCCAGACAACAACUGGAAGAGCUGAGGAGGAAGCUUCAGGAGCGAGAGGAGGACGAGCUCCGAGUCAAGCUGGAAGAACAAACGCUGAGAUCUGAGAAGCAGAAGCAGGUGGAAGAGCUUAAUGAGAAGCUACGAGAACAAGAAGCUGCUUCCAAAAAACAACUGGAAGAGCUGAGGAGGAAGCUUCAGGAGCGAGAGGAGACCUCACAAAAGCAGCUGGAGGAGUUAAAAGAGAAACAGAGUGAAGAAAAAGACACAUCAGAGAAGCUCAUUAAUGAUCUCAAGCAGCAGCUCAGUGAGCAGGAGAAGAGUGGAGAGCUGCUGAAGAGUCAACUGGAGGAAGCAAAGUGCAGAAGUGACUCUAACUCUGCUGCAGAAGACGAUCUGAAGAGGUUAAACUCUGAGCUCCACGCUGAAGUCGCCUCCUUGAAGGAAAAACUCUCCAACGUGGAAGAGAAGAAACUCAGCAAGGCCGAAACCCGACAGCAGACGGAGGAGAAAACUCUCUCAGAGGUGCAGAAAGUGUCUGAGGAGAGAGAAGCGGAGCUGCAGAAGAAGCUGCAGGAGACGGAGGCGAAGGCCAAGACGCUGCAGAAGAGCCUGAAGGAGGCGCAGGAGAGACGGGAGGAGGAGGAGAGCCAGGCGGUGCAGGAGGCGCGGAGAAGGGAGGCGGAGAGGAGGAGGGAGCUGCUGGCCGUCGCUCACGAAGCCAUCGCUCAGAAAGACGAAGAGCUGGAGAAGAAAGCGGAGGAGAUCAGCAGACUAAAAGAAAAUGCCAAACAGGACUCGGAGAAAGUGAAGAGUCUCGGCCUCGACCUGCAGAGGAGAGAAGACGACACUUCAGACCUCAGAGAGAAACUAGCCGACUAUAAGAAGCAGAUCCAGCAGGUCCAGAAGGAGAUCUCCACCAUGAGAGAAGAAGAGAGAGUUUUGAGGCAGAAGCUUUCUGAUGCAGAGAAAACAAAGAAGCAGCUUCAGUGUGACGUUGCCAACAGAGACCGAAGCAUCCAGCAGCUCCGCGUGGAACAAUCAUCUGAUGCAAAGUCUGAUCAAACACUGCAGCUCUACCAGAAAGCCUCUAAAGAUUUGGAAGCGAAGGAGCGAAUCAUGGAGGACAUGCGCCUGGCUCUGACGGAGCAGGAGGAGACGCAGGAGCAGAUGGAUGAAAUCCUGGAGGAGAAACUCAACCUCAUCACAGAGCUCACCGGCGAGGUGGAGAAGCUGAAGGGAAAGUUUCUGCAGCAGGAUCGAGGAAACGCUGCGCUGCUCUGUCACACUGAAAACCCGUCAGAUGACGUAAAGGUGGCCAAACAGGAAGCUGCUCAGGCUCAGGAGAGAUUAAAGGUAAGUACAGAGAAACACCAGGCAGAGCGCAGGAAGUGGUUAGAGGAGAAGAUGUCUCUGAUCGCUCACGCUAAAGAAGCCGAAGACAAGAGGAACCAGGAAAUGAGGAAGUUCGCUGAUGACAGAGAACGCUACGCUCGGCAGCAGAGAGAGCUGGAGUCGCUGUCGUCCCGGCUGGCUGAGAAGGAUCAGACGAUGGAGCAGUGGAGGAAGGAGAGAGACACUCUGGUCGCUGCUCUGGAGGUUCAGCUGCAGAAGCUUCUCAGCAGCCAGGCGGAGAAAGACAAGCAGCAGGUAGAGAACGGACUCUGACAGAUGUUAAACAUGAGGCCCGUGGGCCAGAACUGGCCCGCUGAGGGGUCCGAUCCGGGCGUGGACAGCGGCCGUGUGGCAGAACUUGAGUCGGCUCUGGCGGAGUUGGAGACGGAGAUCUUACGGCUGAAAGAAGAGCUGAAGACUGCCAUCACCAAACAGGUGGAGACGCCCGUACAGGUGAGACUCCAUCCUCCCACAGAUCAUCACUUAUAUCAUCUUCAUGUUAUUUCCUCACAGAGUGAAACCAUCAACAGGAAGUCAGGAGGAAGGAAAGACAUCAGAGCGUCAGUCAGCAGUCAGGGCUCCACUGGCUAUCCAUCCGUGCUGGACUCCUCUGAGAUCUCCACCGAUAACGGCCGAACGAGUCGCUUCCCUCGGCCCGAGCUGGAGAUCUCCUUCAGCCCCCUGCAGCCCAACCGCAUGGCGCUGCGACGCCAAGGAGAGGAGAACGCCGUCACGGUCAAGAUCACACGCUCGGCACGCAAGAGGAAGAGCGGAGAGAUGGAGAAGUGUCACAUUUUCAGGAGGAGUAAACGACGCACAACACGUGAGGAGGAAGUGGAGGCCGAGAACAGAAGGAACACGAGGACCAAAAUGGGAACAAAGUUAACUCCCCACCGAGAAGAGCGAAGCAUCAACACGGCCGUCAGAGCCACGCUGAGCCAGAUACUGGGAGACCUGACGCUACAGCUUCGACACAGACAAGAGGGUGCAGAUGGAGACGAGCUCACUGCAUUGCCACUGCAGAGAAAAGGGUUCAAAACAGCGUCACACAUCUCUGAGAAGCUUUAUUAA